GUUGUUAUUGGGAUAAGAGUUUGCCUUACACUUUACAACUGCUCAUGUGUUCUUAAAAACAAGUAGACAGCAAAAUUGAACUCUCGAAGGAAGUGAUCAUGGGGCAUUCACAUGCGUCUUAAUAUCUGUCUUCUCUCUAAGAACAAAGGCUCAUUGAGUAUUAGCGGCAUCGUCUUAUAAUAUCUGAAUGGAAGGCGCAGGCUGAACUCAGUUAAUGCUGUCACCAUGCCGUCCUACGAAGAAUGGAGGAAAACCAUUCACUUCUAUUAUUUCGUGAAGUUCUCUCUAAAUGUCUAUUCAAUGCUCUUCUCGUUACUAGGUCUGUGUGUGCUAAGUAUUGGAGUGUAUGCAGAAGUGGAAAGGCAGAAGAAUCGGACCCUGGAGGGUGUGUUUCUGGCUCCUGCUGUAGUCCUCAUACUGCUGGGUCUUGUCAUGUUCACAGUGUCCGUGAUGGGUAUGGUGGGCUCCCUCAGGGACAACAAGACUCUGCUGCAUAUGUUCCUGUGCGUGCUCUGUGUUCUGCUGGCUCUCCAGGCUCUUGCCCUCAUCAUUGCCCUCAUCUUUGAAAAGACGACAAUCAAGUUGUUUCAGAACAAUAUACGAGAGGGAAUCAAGCACUACUAUGAUGACCUGGACUUCAAAAACAUAUUGGACUAUGUGCAAGAGAAGUUUUCUUGUUGUGGGGGAGAUGAGUAUAAGGAUUGGGAAGUAAACCAGUACCACUUCUGCAAUGGCACUAGUCCUUUGGCCUGUGGCGUUCCUUACACCUGCUGCAUCCGUCAAAGUGUUGGAGAAGUUGUCAACACACUUUGUGGCUACAAAACUCUCAAUCAGCAGCGUGAAACUUUAGAUGGUAUAAUCCAUGUGCGUGGCUGUAUCCAUGCUGUGAAUCUGUGGAUGGGUGACAACAUUGGUGCUACAAUUGGAAUUUGCUGUGCCAUCGGGCUACCACAGCUUCUGGGUAUACUUCUUAGCUGUGUCUUCUGGAAUCUUCUGGUGGAAAUGAGUGAGUCUGUAGAUAUGGUGGACUUCAAGAUCCUGAAACAUGCUGGAUUUAAAUACAGCGAUCUAGACCUCUCGGGGGCUGGUUGGUGUAUGUGUCUACCUCGGGAUGGAGGUUACCUGCCUGUACCUGUAGCAGAGCCUGACACCUGGUCUCCAGACCCCAUCCCUUUCGACCUGGAACAAGAGCAGUCCAAAAUACCUCUCACACAUUCCCAGCAGGAGAGCCAAGGAGUCGAGUCAGCCAUGGGAAUGGAUGAGGUAGACAAUCAAGCUUAACAACCACACAGAAAACGAGGUUGCAUUUUCAGUUUUUUUUUUUAUUUUUUUUUUUAUUGUGAUUUGUACGUAAGGUUUGCCCUUUUGCACUGUGCAUUGCGAUAGAGAGUUGUUAGUUGCACUAUGUGUUGGUAAAAUUGGCAUGAACCAACCAACAUUUAAUAAUUUUAAUUAAGAUGAUAUGGCACUGAAUUUGGAAAGGUUUGUGUAAAACAUUUGGUAACUGAGGAAAUCUUGGUAGUACAGAGACCUCCACAGGCUUGUAUUAAUCUAACAUUUAAGAACAUAUCACUUCAAAAUGCUGUUUACAUAAUCAGUUAUUUUUCACAUAAUUUUUAUUAAUUCUGUGUCUUUAAAGGGUUAAGGGCGUUUGACUUGUUUUAAUGGUCAUAUUGUUUUAAAUAUGUCAAUUUAUAUAAGGGACAUUAUUAAUUAUUGGCAAUCAAUCAUUUGUUAUUUUUUAAAUAAUUUAUCAUUUUAAAUGUAACUUAUGCCUGUACUUCAAUCAAUUCAGGGAAAAAUUGGUAGCUUUGAAAAUCCUUAUAAAUGGUGUGACUGUCAGAUGAAGCUGUGCUUUCAUCACAAGUAGAUGCAUUGUUUCUAUAAAGUUUGACAUGUGCAUUUUUUUUUUUUAAGGCAAAUGCUAUUUGCACCCUGGUGCAUAUCAUGGUAUAUGCUAUUUACACCCCGGUGUAAAUAGUGGCAUAUAUUAUUUGCACCCCAACCCUGGUGCAAAUAAUGGUAGAUACUAAUUGCACCCUGGUGCAAAUAGUGUCAGAUAAUAUUUGCAACCAUAUUUAAAUGCUAACAUACAAUGUGGGCAUCACUGCAUUAUGUUUAUUGUGUUUAUUUAGAGUCCCACAGACACACUACAUUAACCCCUACUCCUAAACCUUACCUUAACCUUUACCUUAGAAAAAAAUAAACUUUGUUUUACUGCAGUAACCAUGGUAUUUUUGUAUAUUUACAGUAACCACAAAAUUAACCAUGGUUACUAUAUUACCACCAUAUUACUGUACUAACACUAUGGUUAAUUGCAUUAAAACUAUGGUUUCUGCCAAAAAACAUGGUUACUACAAUAUUGGUAAUACAAUAAUGCAAUCUACACUCAAACAUUGCCGAGCAGUGGGAACGAGUGUGAUCGGCAGACCAUGCCUCCGGAUCAAACUCUUCUCUGCACUCCCCGACAUUCACUGUGACCAAAUCACUGCGAUGAAAUAAACAUUUGUAUUCAUUUGUAUCUAUUAUUUUAAGUAAUAUUAAAGGAAAUAUUAAGAGUGGAAAUGGGGGGGGCCUGGGUAGCUCAGCAAAUAAAGACGCUGACUACCACACCUGGAGUCGCAAGUUCGAAUCCAGGGCAUGCUGAGUGAAUCCAGUCAGGCUUCCUAGGCAACCAAUUGGCCCAGUUGCUAGGGUGGGUAGAGUCACAUUGGGUCACUAUAAUGUGGUUUUCGCUCUCGGUGGGGCGUGUGGUGAAGUUGUGCGUGGAUGCCGCGGAGAAUAGCAUGAAGCCUCCACUCACGCUAAGUCUCCACGGUAAUGUGCUCAACAAGCCACGUGAUAAGAUGCGCAUAUUGACGUCUCAGACACGGAGGCAACUGAGAUUCGUCCUCCACCACCCAGAUUGAGGCGAGUCACUACGCCACCACGAGGACUUAGAGCACAUUGGGAAUUGGGCAUUCCAAAUUGGGGAGAAAAGGUGAGAAAAAAACAGGAAAUCAGUUGGGAAAAAAGAGUGGGAGAAAACGCGGUCGCUAGGACAACCGUACACAUUCACACAUCAUCUUUACACCCCACACCACUGCACAGACAUCUACUGUUUAGUGUGUUGUAUAUUUCCAAGUAUCCCUGGCUGCAGCUUGCAGAACUUACUCUCAUUGGCUCAGUCAUCUUUUAUUGGUGUACAUGAUAGGAGAUGCGUUUUAAAAUAGUGUAGCCCGAUAAUUUUGAUUAUAGUGCUUUGGCUCGUAAGUGAUAUGAAAUUGUGUUGUACCUCACAGUUCAUUGCAAACAGAUGUAGUAGGAGUCUGACUGAGCAGCCUGUUGUUGUUUCAGUCGUGUUGAAAGCGGAGGGCAAAAUUACUAAUCCUACUAUGGCGAAGAUUCAACUCUGAUGCAGUCGUAGUCAGUGUUGAAAUAAUUAGGAAAAAUAAAUUUGAUUUUAGUGCUACGACUCGUAAGUGACUUUGUAGUACCUCAUGUGUCAUUUCAAACAAAUGUAGUAGGACUGAGUCACUUGGACUGAUGAACAAACUGUGUUGAUGUGUCUGCUGUCAUUCAAAUCUGUAAAUCAAAAAAUGUUGUUGUUAUAAUUUAGUUGUUUUAAUUUAUGCCAUCAACAAUAGCAAACGAGGCUGAUGAACUGAUGAAAAUUGUUAUGCCAUUCUUGAAAUAAAAUCCAUGGAAUUUAGGAUUGAAUAUCACAUACAAGUAAUCAAAUGGUUUGGCUCAACUAUUCAGUAUCUCUCAAACAAUGAUAACACACCAGCAACGACGACCACAUCUCCUAUCAUGUAUGUCUAUGAAAGAUAAACAAGCCAAUGAGAUUGUUAUAGGCGGGGCGACACGUGUAGCUACGCCCCAUAUGUAGCCCCACCUCAUUAUGCAGGCUGCAGACAGGUCCUUCUCCACAUUAUGGAUUUUCGUGGUUUUUGUCAUUUCAUUUAAUUUUAGCAUUCUUUCUUAUUGGUAAGAUGACGAGUUAACUAAUAUUUAUGACAGUGUUGCCUUAAGUACACCAAAAGCUUGUUCCCUCUGUACCUCAGGCUGUUCUGGAAUAGCCACCUUGAUUUACAGGUAAUUUAUAGUAAUGAUUUUUAAUACUAAAGGAAGUUCUGGCCUUGUGUUAAACACUACUUGAAGUUUAAUUUGUCUAUAAAUAAUGCUCAUAAUUAACGUUUAGUUGAUGUAAAGUGCUGUCCUAAUGUGGAGUUCAUGUUUUAUCUUUGUUUGAUUUUUGAUGAUGGAACAAAUUGACAAGUUUAGCUUGAAGGAUGUCAUAAUGCAACUGCCAUUAAUGCAUUUAAGCCACCUUUUAGUUGCAUGCAGUCAUUUUGAAUACCUCACGUUCUCACCUCUUUGCUAAUACUGUAUACCUUUUGAUGAUGUUGUUCAAAAUAGACUGCUCUGCUCCAGCUAAUGUAGCUCUGGUUUUGUAGUGACAGUAAUGUGACUUUGAAUAAAAUGUGCUUGAA